GUUAGUGGUCCGACAGGCAUGACGGUGAAGAGAAACUGGGUCACCGAUCGAAAAUCGUUUAUGUCACAGUUCUGUGGGUUGCUAUUACAUAUUACCGGUGGCUUUCAAUGGAUAGGCCAAUCUCAUUGGACCUACCGGGUAGACAGGUUUCACCAGCUACUUAAGGCUCAGGAUCAGAUCGGGGCAGACUGAUCACAUCAAACCGGAUGAAACUAGGUCGGGCUGAAUCAAACCAGACAGACCAGAGCAGAACGGAGCAGACCAGACUGAUCGAGACUAUACCCGGCCCGUCCACGAGGCCUGUUACAGUUUCCUAUCCAGUUGUGGGCUCCAGAGUGGAUGGAAGGAGAUGAUUUUAACACUGAGGCUGUGAUGAACAUCUGUGAUGACCUGAUGGCAGACCAAAGGAUGGACAUAUCGUCUACAAUGACUGACUUCAUGUCUCCGGGGUCCACUGACCUCAUCUCCAGCUCCAUCAGCACUCCUAGCAUGGACUACACCCGCAAGAGGAAGGGCAGCACUACCGAUUACCAAAUUGAUGGGUUCUCAUUUGAUGACAUGGACCCAGACAAAGAUAAACUGGGAAGUGACCAACAGGGCAGGAUUAAGAAUGCCAGAGAGGCUCACAGCCAGAUUGAGAAGCGUCGCAGGGACAAGAUGAACAGCUUCAUCGACGAGCUGGCAUCAUUGGUGCCCACCUGUAACGCCAUGUCCCGCAAACUUGACAAGCUGACGGUCCUGCGCAUGGCUGUCCAGCACAUGAAGACACUCCGAGGUGCAGCCAACCCCUACACAGAGGCCAACUACAAGCCUUCCUUCCUCUCAGAUGAUGAACUGAAGCACUUGAUAUUAAGGGCUGCUGAUGGUUUCCUUUUUGUGGUUGGGUGCGACCGCGGAAAGAUCCUCUUUGUUUCCGAAUCAGUCUACAAGAUCCUCAACUACAGCCAGAAUGACCUGAUAGGUCAGAGCCUGUUUGACUACCUACACCCCAAGGACAUUGCCAAGGUCAAAGAGCAGCUGUCCUCUUCUGAUACGGCCCCACGAGAGAGACUCAUUGAUGCUAAAACUGGUCUUCCAGUGAAGACAGACAUCACCCCUGGUCCAUCUAGACUCUGUUCUGGAGCCAGAAGGUCAUUUUUCUGCAGGAUGAAGUGCAACAGGCCCUCUGUCAAAGUAGAGGAUAAAGACUUUCCCUCCACCUGUUCUAAGAAAAAAGCGGACCGUAAGAGCUUCUGCACUAUUCACAGCACGGGAUACCUAAAGAGCUGGCCGCCCACCAAGAUGGGUCUCGACGAGGACAACGAGCCCGACAAUGAGGGCUGCAACCUGAGCUGCCUGGUAGCCAUAGGCCGCCUGCACCCCCACAUUGUCCCCCAACCCAGUCUGGCAGACAUUAGGGUAAAGCCCACAGAGUACGUCUCACGGCACGCCAUCGAUGGCAAAUUUGUCUUCGUUGACCAGAGAGCCACAGCCAUCCUAGCCUACUUGCCCCAGGAGCUGCUGGGAACCUCCUUCUAUGAGUAUUUCCACCAGGAUGACAUUGGCCACCUGGCAGAGUGCCACAGACAAGUGCUGCAGAUGAGAGAGAAGAUCAACACCAACUGUUACAAAUUCAAGAUCAAAGACGGCUCUUUCAUCACACUGAGGAGCCGAUGGUUUAGCUUCAUGAACCCCUGGACCAAGGAGGUGGAGUACAUUGUCUCCACCAACACUGUUGUGUCCUGUCCUAUCAUGGAAGGAUCCGAUUAUCCUCAAUCCGCUGCCUCACCACAGAGUAUGGACAGUGUUCUCACCUCAGAGGGUGGAGGAAGGCGGGCACUGCAGACGGUCCCUGGCAUCCCUGGUGGCACAAGAGCAGGAGCCGGCAAAAUUGGACGCAUGAUUGCAGAGGAAGUGAUGGAGAUCCAGAGGAUUCGAGGCUCCUCUCCCUCCAGCUGUGGCUCCAGCCCUCUAAACAUCACCAGCACCCCUCCACCUGACACAUGCUCCCCAGGGGGCAAGAAGAUUCAGAAUGGAGGGACACCCGAGCAGCCAAGCACAGGGAUCAUUCCCGGCCCUGAUUCUGUAGGCUACCCCUACUCCAACCAGUCCAUCAUGAGUGACAACUCCCACCUAAGUAUAGACAUCAUGGACGAGCCUGGUUCCAGCAGCCCCAGCAACGACGAGGCGGCCAUGGCUGUCAUCAUGUCCCUGCUGGAGGCGGACGCUGGCCUGGGCGGCCCCGUCGACUUCAGCGACCUGCCCUGGCCUUUGUGAGGAAGCUAAAAGGGAAGAAGGAAAGGGGGAGAGGGAGACUCCCUUUUUAGCAGCAGAGCCACUUAUGAAAGAGUUCAGUCAGGUGGAAUUCUGUCUGUACUGUUUCCUGCUCUCUGUACACAACAACACUGCAAAAUAAAAUCCACCUUAGUACAUUUUAAUAGAAAAGGCUGUCGAUCCUGAAGAUUUUUAUUACACAAGACUGUAGGCAGACAAGUGACCCUGGAUUUCAUGGAUUCCCUUCUCCAAAUGAUGUGUUAAGAUGAUCCAUUUUGCAGUGUUAGUUGUCUUUGCCACGGUUAGAGAGCAUCACUCAGUCCAGAAAAUGGCAUCUCAAGUUCCAGGAUUGUGGUGCUAACAUGUCUACUGAUGGACUGAACUCUGUCUAACAGUGGCUCUGGGCUCUGUCAUUGCCAGGUCAACAGCUAACG